GAGAUAACACUUGUCGAGUCACGCUUUUUGUGCCAUCUAACAAAACCUUGUCCUGCAGGGCAUCGCCGGGCUCGCGAGGAGGGAUAAGGGCGACAGGUAGCCUAGUUCUCCGACCGUCUGCGAGGGAAUCGGAGGCGGAUUGCGGGAGUACGAAGGGAAAAGGUGGCGAACAACAUUGGUUGCUGCUCCUCUCCCGUAGACGAUCAUGGAAGCAGAUCGAGAUGACAUGCGGCAAUCGUUGGUAGCUGGGACGACGCAGAGCUCUGACAACAUAAGUAACGGGCUCGUCAGGAGAGCAAGCGACAGCGGAAGCACCGGCGUCCCCGGCGGUGGUGCCGGCUUUGUCGUGCCGGCUUCGAUGGGAAAAGAGUACAUGCGGAAGCUGGCCACUCGCAACCUGGUCAUCACCCUCACGUGCACCAGCUGCCUGCUGAUGCUCUACGGGUAUGACUUCGGCAUCACGGCCUGGUCGGUGCUGAUGAUCAAGACCAAGGGUGCGGAAGACGUGUCGGACAUCUACACGUACUUGUCGACUCACGGGGAAGCCUUGGGGAUCUUGGUAGCCUGCGCGCCGAUCGGGGGUUUCAUCGAGGGGCUCAUAGGCACCAAGAUUGCCAGUAAAAGAGGGGGGCGAAAAGCAGAGAUCCGAUUGGUCAACCUCCUCUGCAUCUUUGGAGCUACAUUGGAGGGAAUGGCCGGGAUGACGACGUGGGACAACUUGAAUGUGGUUUUGUUGUUCGCCUUUGGCAGGUUAAUCUUCGGGCUCGGGCUCGGGCUGUCGCUCCGUUGCGGGCCGAUGUACCUCAGAGAGACAGUAAGGGAGCCGUUCCGGAACGCCGCAACGGUGUCUGUUAAGCUCUCCAUGGUGGUCGGGGUGAUCAUCUCGUAUGUCUUGGGGGGCGUCCUUUCCGGCAACCCCACGAUCGCAUACUUCGGGGUGUGGAUCCUCGCCGGAACGUCUUUGGCUUGCCUGCAGCUGAUGCCUGAGUCGCCUAUGUACAUGCUCCUCCACGAGGAACAGUUCCACAGGGGGCAGAUCCUCGAUGCCUUAAGGUUCACGAGCCCGGCGGCCACCGAGGCUGACCUGAUCUCCCUUCAGGAGGAGAUUUUGACGGAGGUGCUGGCGUACACCCCUGGACACCCCUCCUUCGCCGGGGGGGUACAUGGUAUCAGCGGCGACGCGUCUUGCGACGGUGCCCCCGCUGUCCCAACGGCUCGCGCGGAGACCGGCACCGCCACGACAACUCCGACAGCGGCAGCACGAGGGGCUUUCUCCGGCAACGGUGUUGGGGAGGGGACAGGGGACGCCACCUCGAGUCCCACAACCGGAGGCGAGGAAGGGGACGCCGGGUAUGAUCCCCUCGACAACUCGGAGAAAAGAGGAGCCGUGGCCAUGUCGGUGAAGAACCUGCCCUCGCUCACCAAGGCCCGCGGCAUGCGCGCCGCGUUGGUGCUGACCGCUGGUCUGAUGGUGUUCGAGCAAGCUUCUGGGAUGGCAGCCAUUUUGUACUACGGAGGGGUGUUUUUGGCGGACAUCGCCGUGAUCUCCGUAGACUGGGGCCUUGCCAUCCUCGGUGCCCUGCAGCUAGCAAUGGCGGUGGCGGUCAUGUACGCCCUCAAUCCCAUCGGGCGGAAGCCGCUCUUAUAUUACGGGCUGGCAGGUUUGAUGGCGAGCUCGCUCAUGCUGAUGAUCGGAGGCUUUUUGGGGAUGGCAGAUGAAGGUCGAUGGUGGGCUUUGAUUGGCCUCUACGCCUUUACGGCGUCUUACAGCACCAGCCUGGGGGCUUUAGUGUGGGUCUUGGUAUCAGAGGUAUUCCCGACCUGCCACCGAGCACAGGCGAUCUCAAUCGUGGGGAUGUCGCACUUCGGCACUUCGGCCAUCGUUGUGAUUUUGCUGCCUCUUGUGCAAGACAUAGGAGGCUACGCGGCCAUGUUCACGUGCUUCUUUGUGGUGUCCAUUUUGGCCAACAUCUUCGCCCACCGCUACAUGGUCGAGACAAGAGGCUUGACGUUGGUCGAGAUACAGAACGCUCUGACGCUCAAGGCAGCGGGGUUGACGGCACCUCCGGAAACAAUGGAGUCUGCUAGCGUUUGAUGGCGAUCCGUUCGUUUACCGCUUACGGUAAUGGCACGCCUGGUUGGUUCAGGGGUAAUGGGGCCUAGGCGCUCGAUGACUCAGUCAGUCAUCACCAACAGGGCUUUCGUGUCAUGACGAUGUACACCACAACAUGAGCAAGUCCUUGAUGCUUUCUUGGUAGAGACUUUCGUACGGGACCGAUGGAGACGCUAGGGUUGGUAGGUCCGCCCCAUCGAUGGUGUGAAGAGAUCGAGCUACAUGAACAAAAUUGGUGCGAGGAAUCUACCAGAGUUGAUCAAUUGCUUGUGUGGUGAUUUGAAGUAUGUGAUGAUGGCCGUAGCUCUUCUGUUGCCAUCUCUGUGUGUGUGAUUUAUGCUCAGGGUGGACCCCAGAGAAUUGCCGUCCAGUACACUAAACUUGAUAUAGUACAGAUUCAGUAUGACAUGACAUGAUGUGUCGUGACAUGAUCUGUCAAGAACACUGCACCAUAAAUACAGCACUAGAAAGCCAGUAUGGCAUGACAUGAUCUGUCACGGCAUGAUAUGACGAGAACAGUGUUUGUUUGGGGACUGGGGACCACCUCUUGAGGUAACACCAUACACACGUAUCUGUCUUUGGCUUGGGGUAAACGUGUUUGUCUUGGUUGUCUUGUCUACGCUUUUCUUACAAGUGCUGCUGUUAUGUAAGGCAGGGAGGCAGCGAGGGUACAGCAGUGUUCUGCGACGAUACGGUACAGAGAGAAAACGUGAACUAGCGUUGGUUCAAUCAAGAUGCUUGGUGAGCCAAAGGUCACUUCAAGGUGGGGUAGUGCGAACUUGAAAGGAGAAAACGAUUAUUAUUGUUACGAUGCGUACUCCUACUGCCACGUAGACGUGGCAGUCACCCCGGUGGAAUCAAUUUCAUUUCCGUGCUUUGCGACAUCAAGACAUGCGUUCUGUGGUGCGAGCGAACGUCGAAAAGGUCGUUGGAUGGUGUUGCUUUCUCUUGUCUCGCGUGUGGUCGUGGUUUGCGUGGCGACACGUUUCGGUGCUUGAAUUGAACGAACAGUCAGAGCCUUUCUAUCUUAGUAUCUACAGUACUUAUUGUUGGGAAAAUGCCCUGUUUUUGUCAUUCACCAGCUUGUUUCUGAAACAGAGUGGCGGGUCGGUGUCUGUGCUGCUGAACCCCUCUCUUUCCCCCAUGUUUUUCGCUAUUAUUAGUAGUUGGUUUUGUUGCAUGUCUUGCUUACAGUACGCUGUGUACUUGGAGGAAGUGCAUAUUUGUUGUUUUGUUUGUUUUGUGUCUGCGCGUCGGUGUGUCCCGUUUUGUUUCCUGCGUUCGUUAUGUCGUUGACGGAGUAGGGUGGGCAGCGCUAACGAGCUAA